AUGUCUGCUUUGCCUCCACAGAACUGGACGGUUCAAAUAGUCUCAAUCGGUAGCAAAUGCCUCUUGUGCUUAAUUGGCGGAUUGAAAAUUAUUUACCUCUAUGCCUACUACAAAAUGAUGAAGUUUAUCGAUGAAGAAGGUCUUACAUUAACAAUCACUGAUUUCUUAGAAUUUCAGCGCAACAUAAAAAACGAAAAUUACCGACCCGAUCAGCAAUGGGACCAAGUGCACAAGUUGACCAAGGAAGUAAAAAAAAUGCGUCGUAAACGAAUCGGAACACUGACUAGAAUGCUAAAGGCAAAAGAGGAAAUGGAGGAAGAGAAAGAAGAGAUGGAAGCUCAAUCAGAAAUAGCCAUGUGGUCCAAAAAUCCUGAGGAAGCCAUAAAAAAGUUGCUGGCCGAUGACGACGAUGAUGACGACGAAAAAGAUGAUGACGACGACAAGGAUGACAAAAACGAUGAUGAUGAUUGA